AGGAAGGGAUCCCUUAGAGUCGUAGUUGUGCAGCACUUGCAGCGGCGCACGCCCAGUCUCUGCGACUAUUCGAACGCGUGCCCUUCGCAAUGUGGUCUUCGUGCAAUGGUACAAAAGGGAGCGCGGCUGCCGGUCUGGAAUUCAUCCCUGAGCCCCUUCCCCGCCCGCGCUCUCCCCUUCCGAUUUCUGACUCAAAUCCGUCAUGUUCCCGCCUUACUACUACUCUGCAUCAAACCCACAGUGGGCUCCAGAGGAACCGAUGCUCGAUUCCGUGCUCCUUACUGGCAACACCUCGGAGCUCGAGCUACGGCUUGGCUCUCUCGAGAGCGCGGGUCCGCCCAUGGUAGGACCAUCCGCCCUGCUUGGACCAGCGCACGAUCCGUUUCCUUGGCACGACCCGAUGGAGAGCGCGACUCAGUCUGUGCUAUCUGAUUUCGAUGGCACCUCUCCGUGGCUCACAGACAGCACCUGGGGGACCACUAACAACACAGAUUGGCUGAGACAGCCAUCAUGCCGUUCGACGAGCCACGUCGACUCAGUUGCCUGGGCUGGCGCCCCACCGUCUGGAUCCCGGUCUCAUCCGCCAAUACCCAUCCUCUCUGAGGGUUCAGCGCUUGAGGGCUUCACGCGUCGACAGCGCAAACCGCGCCAGGAUCCCUACGCUCGCGCAGGACAGCAUUCAUCGCCCUCUGCCGUCUUGUCUUCCCCCGGCUCGUCAACAUCGGCGUCGACAUCGCUUUACGCAUCUUCUCCCGCUCUAUCUCCCGCUGCACCCGGCCGCCUACCAACGCUCCGAUUAAUGUCUUCUAGGGCACGAAACGCCCAGUUCAGUCUCUCCCGGGACGACAUUGACCGGAUCCUGGGAGAGGCAAGACCUCCCACAACGACGUGCCCGUGUUGCGAGAAGCGCAUCGUUCAUGGGGGUCUCGAGCGGCACCUCGAAACUCACAUCUCGGAUGUCAGAGAGGACGUCUUCCAUUGCAUCGGAAGACCUCCCGAAUUGCAGCCCUUGGACGGAGUGCAGCGCGAGCAGUAUCUGCACCCGACAACAGGUGAGGUGCUCGUGGGGGGCUGCGGCGCCGGCUUUAGCAGGCGCGACGCGUAUCUACGGCAUCUCAGGCUGCGCAAGGGGUCGUGCCUCUCUCAAGUGGACACCUGGUGAAGACGCCAGGCGGGCGGGACUCGGUAGGAACGAUAGUGAUUCUUGUAUACAAUACUUGCAUUGGAUCUGCUACGCAUAGGACAUCACGCUGCUACGACUUGAACGACGACGACCUUCAUGAUACCAGAUACCAUAGAGCGUUUCACGUACUUCGCAUUCAUUCGCGUUUCCUGGACGAGCGCGCUGUUGUAUUGUCGCUUCGCUUCGCAGUACUAUCCCUCGAGGGUAAUCAGACCAUAGUUAUUUGGAUCUCGUUGAGGUUUCGAGCGACAAUAAGGCUUAAGCACGACGCGAUCGCAUUGCCGGAUCCGAGACACGCUGUGACACGACGCGUCAAGAGGACUCAAGACUCAACG